GCGCUAAUUAAACAGAGACUUUCUGAGGAGAUACUAACUUGAAUAAAUUAAAUCAACAAUUUUUGCAACCAAAUAGAAAAUAAUGUUUGUUUUUACGUUUUCCUUAUAAAACACCUGUUUGAGCGCAAUUAACCAUCGUUAUGUGACUUGAAUGAUUUUCCGAAUCAUUCAAUAUAUAUUUGAUUGUGAAAAUGUUGGGUCGAAAAUAUUUUAUUUUUGUGUUUAUUGGAGUUUUUGUAUCGGAAGAAUUUGCGAUAAGGGGUGAAAGCUCAAAAAAAUCAUUGUGGCCCAUUAAGUUUCCAGUCAAGCUGAGUGAUACCGGCAAAACGAUUUACUACAGUAUUGAAAAAUUACAUCCUUCAAAAUAUGACGAUGCAGCGGUAUUUGCGGCACAACAUUUAAAAAUGAAUACCAGUUCACCGAAAAUGUGUUGGCGAGAAGAAUUGGAAAAAAAUAUUUCAGUGGUGAUUUUUAAGCCUGGCACACAAACAAUUAUUGGGCUAAAUAUUUUAGAUAUCAGAGAAUCGAUGUGUAAAUCAAAUUUUGUAUGCGAUCGUAUAUUCGACAAGUUUCCAGUUGAUAAAUACUUGACAAGCGAAGCACUUGCGGUUGAUCCAAAUUAUCGUCGCCAUGGAUUAGGUGAGGCACUUCUUAGGGUCCAUGUAACGAUUUGCUUGGAGCAACAUGUGGAUGUAACAGCCAGCCUUUUCAUAUCUGAUUCAUCGAACCGAUUGGCCGAUAGAUUGAACUAUAAAUGCCUCGAUCGUAUGAGCUCCGAAAGUUUGGCGGAAAUGAAAAGAGAUGAUCCUGAAAAAUUCAACGAUUGCACUGAAAUUACUUGUAAAUACUUGACGUAUAAUGAUGUAAAACCGAAAGCUUUCUGUACCAUCAUGUAAAUUAAAAACACAGUAUUGCUCAGCGCUGCUGCCAUCCACAGCAUAUUAAAAUAUCUUGCUGAGAAUGCGUCGUCCGUCACAUGAGAAUGUA